GCGGGCACCGUGUCAUCUGGCAAGGCAGUGGGCUCCGAGUCAACAGGCACGACAGCGGGCACCGGGUCAUCAGGUACCGGAUUGUCUGGCUCGACAGCGGGCAUCGGGUCACCAGGUAUGACAGCGGGCACUGGGUCACCAGGCAUCAGGUCAUUUGGCUCGCCAGCGGGCACCGCGUCAUCUGGCAAGGCAGUGGGCACCAAGUCCCCAGGUACGACAGCGGGCUCUGAGUCAAUUGGCACGACAGCGGGCACCGGGUCACCAGGCAUUGGAUCGUCUGGCUUGACAGCGGGCAUCGGGUCACCAGGCAUCAGGUCAUUUGGCUCGCCAGAGGGCACCGCGUCAUCUGGCAAGGCAGUGGGCACCGAGUCACCAGGUACGACAGCGGGCUCUGAGUCAAUUGGCACGACAGCGGGCACUGGAUCAGGUACCGGAUCGUCUGGAUCAACAGCGGGUAUCGAGUCAACUGGC